AUGUGGUGGUGGCUGCUAGGUUUACUGAGCUGCGUGUUGCUGGCAGCAGUUGUCAUCUUCUUUCUGAUCAGUGGGAAACGCUACAAGGUGUUCAGUGAGAAGUGCCUGAGGCCCCCAGGACCCUUGGUCACUGAUACCAAAGAGAGAGAUGAGAGGCUGAAGAAAGGUAAGAAAGGUUGUUCCUGAUGCACAGUGUGUCCGCACGAUCACUACUGUGAAUAUGUUGAGUGUCGAUGUUAUAUCGGAGAAGAUUGUCUGCAUUUGUCCUUAAAUACAACAGAGAACAGAGAAACAAGCAUGGGUCUGGUACAGUAAGGGUUGUUAUCAGGCUCAAUUAAUUUCUAUCUUGCCUUUUCGGGCAGCUUUUUGUGAGUCUUUUUCCACUUAAAGCUCCUGUGAGAAGCUUUCAGUUUAUGUCAAUCUGGCGCCCCCUGUGGACAAAGGAGUCUUUGCAUACAUGCUUAAGUAGGGCCCUCUGACAAAAAUCUAAACCCGCUGCCUUUUGAAAGGUAAAUUUAUCACUUAUUGUGAAUUAUUGUGAAUUAUUUAUGUAGACGUCUUUAAUUAGGGCUGUUUCUUUGGUUGCUUGGCUACGACCUACCUCCUUGCACCAAUUUGAGGCCUUAAAAACUGAUGUUUAAAAUUUGUUAAUCUUGUCACAAACUGUCUUGUUAGCAUUUGUUUAUCAUAAACAAGGUUAGAUAUGAGCUUCAGCCUAUUUCAUAAACAUCCAAAAACUCCUCACAGGAGCUUUAAACCUGUCAACAAAGUUGCAACAGGCUUAACCAUGGAGAAGAGGAUUUGGCUCUCAAUGACAAUCAGAUUUAAGGUUUUUCUUUCUGCAAAAAGGGUUAAUUUAUGAUGCUCUACGUGGAUGUGAAUAACAUACUUAACUCCUGAUAGACUUUUAAGGUGCAGAUCUUUUUCUGUUCCCUCGACACAGAGGUUAAUUUUUUGGGCAGCUACAGCAUGUAAUUGUUGUAGCUGCUCUGUAACUUGUAAAUACUUUUAAAAUGACUGCUGGGAUUGUCUGAUAAGUACAAGAGAGGCCUUCGAUGUGCAAUUUGACCAUUCUUCCAUGCUCAUAAAAGAAACUUCAGUGAACACUUCAUGCCACUAUCCCUUGUGCCUCUCUUGAAUGUAAUACAAUACAACCAUAUUGUUCAUUCAUGUUUGAUUUGGCUCUGUAGAUUUUUUGUCAAGUAAACAUUUUUUAAGAAAAAUCUUUUAACAUUUCAUUGAAGACUAAGAUGUGUGAUAUCCCGCAGGAUUUCGAGUCGACAGCGUUCCCCCCGCUUUGGAUGCUGUGGUUAUUGGGAGUGGUGUGGGAGGUUUAACAGCAGCAGCACUUUUGUCCAAAGCCGGUAAAAGGGUCGUCGUUCUGGAGCAACACGAUCAGGCUGGAGGCUGCACACACACUUUUCAGAAUAAAGGAUUUGAGUUUGAUGUCGGUAAGGCUGAAAGUAAACGCACAUCAACACACACAAAGUAUUUUUUUAUGUACCCUUGGAGCAUCAGAUUUUCUUCUGAAUAAAACUUUAACAUUGUUAUUUAAGGAGUAAUAUGUUUAAGGAGUAGGAGGAGAAAUCAUAGCAGACACUUACUGUACUCCAGUUUCUUUCAACACUCUCCUACCAUCACUUCAGGUAUCCAUUACCUGGGCCAGCUACAUGAGAACAGCUUACUGAGGGUCGCCCUGGAUCAGAUCACAGAUGGGCAGCUGCAAUUCAGACGACUGGAGAAACAUUUUGACACACUGAUUCUGGGUCAGCAAGACCAACGCAGGUAGUAACUUCAUAGACAAAGCCUGACAAUGAAAUAUUAUUCAUUUGUUUUUUGUUUGUAUUUCAUGAGGCAACUAAAAGGCCCAGAAUCCCACCCUUUAGGGGUCUUUACACAACAUGGAUUAGUAAUAAAUCUCACAAAUCUAACCUCACUUCUCGUAUUUGCAGAGAGUAUCAUAUCCAUGCUGGGAAGACAGAGAUGGCAGAUAGCUUGAAGAAGCAGUUCCCUGGAGAAGAGGACGCGAUUAAUGAGUUUAUGAGACUGAUGAAGGUAAAUGAAACUGGAGGCAUAAUUUGCUAGUAGACAAGCAGGGAGACUGUAGAGAAAAGGCAGAGUUAAAUAUGCAAAAGGACAGCUGCAUUAUUACAAUGUCCACCUGAAAGUGUCCCUUAAAGAUUCAAAUUCAGAUCAAUAACAAGCAAGAUUUUAUUUUCGACCGAUCUAAAAUGAAUCGCAGUCGACUGUUGAAAUAGAAACCAGAAACCAGCUGCUCAGAGAAGAACAGAUACAUUAUUUUCAAGAAAGCAGUUGUUCAAUAACACAGCUCCUCUGUUGGUCAUCCUGGCACAAGCAGCAUAGUGUGUGUACGGAGAGCAACAUGAUCCUGAAACCUCUCAGGGGUUGACAGAGAAGAUCCAGAUUCAAGCUUUGGUUUUUGUUUCACUUUUUGUAUAAGGGGCAGUCAUGUUUCUCUUUGAUUGCAUCUAGAGAAAAGACAUCCCUGUAUUAUUUGGUUUUAAGCAAAAAUAAACCCUGACAGUGAUAUGUGUAUAUUCACUGACAUAAUACCAGCUUUACGGUACUCUGGAAUCCCAGGUAGGAACCAUUCAAGAGUCUUAGACACUAGUAAAGUCAUUGUCCAAUCAGUUCCCAUCAGGGUUUCUUCUGCUACACUUCAUUAAGUUUGUUAUUCAGGUGUUUUGCCUGUUCAUAUCACUUAACCUGCAGGUUUGUUUCUUCUUUUACAGCUUGCCUCACGGCGUACACCCCUUAUCGCCAUUUUGAAAAUCUUACCGUACUGGCUGGUCAACUUUCUGAUCAGGACAGGCUUAUUACAUUACAUAUCAUCAGUGUUCCACCUGGCAGAGACCAACCAUUCAGAAGUCGUUUCCCGCCUGACACAGAACAAGGACCUGCAAGCACUGUCUGCCUACCUCUUCUAUGGUAACAGAAACACACACUCACAUGCAUCUUCUAUCAUACACUCUGAAUUACCUCCUCAAGGGUCUGUAAUGUGUGAUUUCAGGUGUCCCACCAAAAGAGUCCAGCUUUCUCAUCAAUGCCCUUCUCCUUCACCACUACAAACGUGGUGCGUACUACCCACGAGGGGGCGCCAGUGAAUUUGCGUUCCACAUCAUCCCUGUCAUUCAACAGGCAGGUGGAGCUGUGCUUGUCAGGGCCCCUGUACAGCGCAUCCUGCUCAACCAGCAAGGGAAGGUGUACGGUGAGGAGAGUAGUUGUAACAAUACGGGAUACUUAAAAAUGUCCAUCUUUGUAACUUACUUCUAUUGACAAAUAUGAAAUCCUUUGAAUAAUCCAUUUUUGUUUAUGGGGGUAAGGUGUGACGGUGCGUAAAGGGCAAGAAGAGAUUGAGGUCCAUGCCCCUGUUGUAAUUUCCAAUGCUGGGAUCUUUAACACCUUUCAGAAAUUUCUGCCUCAGCACAUACAAGACAAACCAGGUAACUUUUAGGAUGUGCUAGAGUCGUUUUGUGUUAAAUGUGAAUUUCUUUAACUUGUAUCUAUCUGCAUUUUGAGCAGUUUUGAGAAAUUGAGCUCAAAGUUUUGAUGAAUAAUAUAUCCUAAUAUGAUCUACCUUUCUUGUCCGUGAUGUUCAUGUGAAGCUGCUAAAGGGUUUGUGCAUUUUUUCCCCACCUUUUUUCAUGUGUGCAUAGAGAUAAAGUCGCUGCUAGGAAUGGUGCGACAUGGGAUGGGUUCUUUCCUGGUCUUUGUGGGUCUUGAUGGAACCAAAGAGGAGCUUGGGAUUGUUUCCACCAACUUCUGGAUGUAUAAGGACAAUGAUUUGGAUGUUUUGUAAGUUUUUUGGAUAACAUUAAAUUCCCAUUUUCUCACUUUCAACAACAAUUGAAUCAGUCUAAAGAGGUUUUUAAUGAUUCUGCUAAAUUAAUAUGAGUCCUGUAAACACAUCCACAUACGAUGAUCAACUUCACUGAUUGUUUUAGAAAGGUGGUUUUGCAUCUGUUUGUCACUUUCUAACUACAUGUUUGUGAAUGUGUUUGUUUACACACGAUAAUAUAUUUAGAAUGGAGCGCUACUCUUCGCUAGGCAGAGACGAGGUAGUGGGCAACAUUCCCAUGAUGUUCAUCACCUUCCCAUCUGCCAAAGAUCCUACAUCGAAUAUCAGGCAUCCAGGUAACUUACACGAUACAAGAGUAAGUUCACUUCUUCAGGUCAGAGAACUCUUGUUAUUUUUUUAUGACGGCAAAGUUAAAAGAAAGUUGUGCAGCUUACAGGAGUUUCUCUUGGCAGAACUGCAUCUCAUCUCUCUUAGGAUAAGACGUGCCUGUCUCAGACGGUAGGGGGACAGUGGCCAGCUCACAUCUCGCCACAUAAACACACUUGAGCCCCUGACAGUGUAGAAAGUAACCAAGUCCUUUCUGGUUUUGAUUCAGCACCACAGAGCACCACAGUGUCCUUAGGCACCGCUCGCUUAACUUCUAGAAAAGAGGGUUUUGAACUCUUUAGCAUCCUUUGAUGACUGUUGCACUCAAAUUGCGGGGUUUUGAUGCCAGAAAUAUAUUUUGCAUGCAUGGAUUUUUAUUUAUGAUCUAACUAGCAUUCCUGGGAGGUGCUGUGUUGAGGCUUUUUUCACACGUGCAUCCCUAAAAAUAAGCUAUAACUAUUCAUAGUUCUUCUUUUGAAGGUCACAAAGUUUGCAAGUGUUGCUAUGGUUACUCACAUCAAAUACUGGCUGCAGCUUAUACAUUUGAAACAGUGAGUGGAUUGUUUAAUUGGAACUAUAUGAGAAGUUUUGUCGAUGUCCAUCUAUCAAAAGUUGAAACCCAGCAGCCAAUCCAAAUUGAAUAUUCAUGUAGUGGAUGCUUAAAAGUUGAUCUAACUGAAACUGCUCUAUCUCACUUUAUUUUGUUUUCAUCUCUUUGCAGGUAAGUCUUGUAUGACGUUACUCACCAUGGCUCGAUAUGAGUGGUUUGAGGAAUGGGAGGGAACAAAGCUCGGCAAGAGGGGAGAGGACUACACGAGUCUGAAAAACAGCAUGGCCCAGGAGCUCCUGGACUGGGCACUUGUUAUCUUCCCUCAGUUAAGAGACAAGGUACAGUCCAUAUAGUUAUAAUAGUUGUUCUGCAGCUAACAUAUUGGCAGGAGAGACAUAAACCACAGUUUAAACCAGCAUUAUCAGAUUUAAUGAAUGUUUACAGCAUUUAGAUUUAAAAAACUUACCUUGGUUCAAUUUUUCAAUUAUAUUUGAUAAUUAUAAAUUAUUCAUCCUACUUUGAAGAAAUGUUUGCAUGGAUUAGAUCAUGAGAAUUCACAUCUAAACUACAAAAACUAUAUAAAUGUGUCUUUCCAGGUGGUGAUGGUUGAUGCAGCCACUCCUCUAACUAAUGUCCAUUACUUGGGUGCUCCAAGAGGAGAGAUGUACGGCGCUGAACACAACUUGGAGCGUUUCACCCCAGAAACGAUUGCAAGGACACGACCGCAGACACCCGUCGAUGGACUUUACCUGACAGGUGACCACAUAAGAUGGAUUCUACAAAGACUGACUCUGAAACGCCUUCUAAUAUCUCUGUGUUUGUUUGUGCGCAGGUCAAGACGUAUUCUGCAACGGCAUGGCGGGGGCUCUGCAUGGCGGACUACUCUGUGCUUCUGCUGUCCUCGAUCAGAUUCUGUACAUUGACCUCCUGGCUCUAAAGAGGCGCCUCAAACACACACAGUUCAACUCUAAGCUGUUCUAG